CUGGUCUUUCUGCUCAUGACUGCUGGAGCUUUUGGAGCAGAGUGGAGUGUGAAGUACAACCAACAGGAAAUCUGUGCUUUAAAAGGAUCCACAGUGUUUAUGAACGGAACUUUUACUCACCCAGAAGGUCUCACAGUGAAUGAGACUUUCUGGGGUAAACACACAGGGGUGGCGCUGACUGAUCUGAGUAAAGACCCAGUUUAUUCAGGCAGAGUCGAGUUUUUCACUGAUGAUCAGAAACACUUCUCCCUCAAACUGAGUGAUGUAGUGAAGAAGGAUGAACAUCAGUUCUGCUUCAGAAUCAAAACAUAUGUAGAAAAAGAAAGAUGGUGGGGUGAACCUGGAGUUCAGCUCAGAGUUACAGAGCUCCAUGUAGAAGCUCCUGAAGAAGUGACAGAGGGAGAAACAGCAGAUCUGACAUGUAAGACCACCUGCAGUCUGACUGACCCAACAUUCAUCUGGUACAAAAAUGGACGUCCUUUAACCACAAAGACCAUCAAGAACAACCAGCUCCACCUGCAGACGGUCAGCAGUGAGGAUGCAGGCAGUUAUAGCUGUGCUGUAGGAGGAUCUCAACACCUCCACUCUACUGCUCACAGCCUCAGAGUCAGAUAUCCUCCAAAGAACGUCUCAGUGUCCAUCAGUCCCUCUGGUGAAAUAGUGGAGGGCAGUUCAGUGACUCUGACCUGCAGCAGUGAUGGAAACCCACCUAUGAAGAACUACACCUGGUUUAAAGAAGGUGGAACCUCACCUGUAGGAUCUGGACAGAAUUACAGCAUCAUCAGCAUCACUGCUGACCACACUGGACUGUACUACUGUGAAGCUCAGAAUGACCAUGGAGCUCUGAAUGGAACUGUGACGGUCACUGUUACGAGUUUGAAUUUGUCUACGGAUGAUGUCCUCUACACCACCAUUACACCCAGCACAUCCAGACCUGUACAGGCUGCUGCUUCUGCUGACUCUGGAGCUGCUGAUGUUAUGUACGCUACAGUCAGGGUUCGGAAUGAUGAAGUGACCAGUACUGACCAGCAGGGGGAGCCCCAAUAUGCCAGUGUUAAAUUCCACCACCACUCUGCUGCCACUGGGUCACCAACUCAGAAUGUGGAAGAUCCCUCAGUGAUUUACAGCACAGUCAGAGAAGAUUAG